AUGAGGACCACCUUCUUUUCGCUCCUGCUUGUCUCGCUCCCUCUUUUCACCUCGGCAUCGCUCGAGUCCCGCCCCAAUGCGAGACACCACCGCCGCUCGCGUCACCUUCACUCCGACCCUUCGUCUCCCUCGCAACCCGCUCUCUACUCCAGAGAUGCCUUCGGAGAUCAGCCCCGUCUUCAGCCUCGAUCCGAGCCCGGCGCCGCCAUCGCCAAAUCGUACAAAAAGGUAGCCGACGACGUGUUUGACUACGUCAUUGCUGGAGGCGGCACGGCUGGUCUCGCCCUUGCCGGUCGCCUGUCAGAAGACCCUGAUGUCACCGUCGCCGUCAUUGAGGCCGGUCACUCGGGCUACAGCAACGACGAACAGCUCCUCGUACCAGCCAACGCCUACUUCAAAUCGUCCGUCGGCUCUGACCUCGACUGGCAGUACGUCACCGCCCUUCAGACUAAGCUGCAGGAUGCCGACGGCAAACCACGCGCCGCGAGCUGGCCUCGCGGUAAGGUGCUCGGUGGCUCCUCGGCAAUCAACGGCCUCUACUAUGUCGCUGCUAGCAAGCGUGAACACCAGGUCUGGGGCCGCCUCUCUGGCGACGCCGCCACCUGGGGCUGGCACAACCUGCGCGACGCCAUGAAGAAGUCCACCAACUUCUCGCCCAACCAGAUCAAGGAGCUCGACUCGAGCAUCCACAACCAGACCGAGUACGUCGGCCGCAACGGCCCCGUCUCCAUCAGCUACCCGGGCGUGAGUUACCAGCCUGUGGCCGAUUGGGUGCCUACUCUCGCCGCCAUCGGCCUCGAGCAGGCCAAGAGCCCCUACGACGGCGAGAACCAGGGCGCCUUCAUUGCUACCUCGACCAUCAACUCGCACAACUGGGAGCGCUCCUUCUCCCGCAACGCCUACCUCGACCCCAUCGCCAACAAGCGCAAGAAUCUCGUCGUGCUUCCCAACCAGACCGUCACCAGGAUCAUCUGGGACACCGAAGCGGAUGAGGAUGGGAACCGCCGUGCCCUCGGCGUCGAAUUUGCUGCCGACGCUUCUGCGCCGCGCGUUCACGUCACUGCACGCCGCGAGGUCAUCCUCAGUGCCGGCGCUAUCGGCUCGCCCCAGAUCCUCCAGCUCUCCGGCUUCGGCUGCAAGGAGCUGCUGGCAAAGAACAACGUCACGCUCGUCAAGGAGCUUCCCGGUGUGGGUCAGAACCUGCAGGACCACCUCUCUGGCUCGAUCUCGUACUCGCCUGCCGAGGGCCUGGUGAUGCCGUCCGAGACCAACCUCACCAAGAAGGCUUCGUUUGUCGACUCGAGCGUCGCCUAUGUCACGCUCGAGAAGAUGUACGGUGCCAACGAGACCGCCAACUUCCUCGAGCGCGCCAAGAAGUUCUCGGCUGAUUACAUCAAGUCGGCCACCAACGUGCCCGAGGCUGUGCGUCGUGGCUGGGCCAAGCAGUACAAGCUGCUGCUCGAGGAUCUGCUCGUGCCCAAGAGCAAGCACGGCUUCACUGGUGGCGCCAAGGGAGCUGUCGAGAUGCUGCUGGGUAUCAGCACGGGCUCGGCGAUCCAGGUGGAGACUGCGCUUCAGGCGCCGUUCUCGCGAGGAUGGGUGGAGAUCGCAUCGAACAAUCCGUUUGACAAGCCGAUCAUCAACCCCAACUACCUGCAGCACCAGUCGGACGUCGAGCUCAUGCGUUCGGGCUUCCAGCUCGCGCGCAAGAUCGGUCAGACGGCGCCCUUGAACACGGUCGUGGGCGCAGAGACCACGCCCGGUGCGGCGGUGAGCAGCGACGCGGACCUGGACAAGUUUAUUGCCACCACGGCGGGCACCGAGUACCACCCGAGCUCGACGUGCAGCAUGCUGGACGAGGAUGACGGCGGCGUGGUUGAUAAUGAGUUGCGCGUGUACGGCACGUCGAAUGUGCGCGUGGUGGAUGCGAGCAUCAUCCCGAUCUCGCUGUCGUCGCAUCUCAUGUCGGCGACGUAUGCGGUGGCGGAGGUGGCGGCGGACCUGAUCAAGGCGUGUCCCUUUGAGGUGGUUGACGAGUGCGCUUAUGACGGCGAGGGCGAUGAUGAGGCGGAUGCCGAGGAUGUCGAUGCCCAGGCAGAGGAAGAUGACGAGGACUGCGAGGACGACGAGUAA